AUGACACUUCCUCCCUCCUCUUCAAGACCGCGAAUAUUUUUUAUUCUAUCUAUUUCGGCAUUCGUAAUUUUCCUCACAAAUUUAACCGUUAUCACCGGCACCGAUUACCGAGGUGGGAUUGAAAUUUUACCAAUUCCACAGUCACUUAAACGUCCUGGGCAGCGCAAUAAAGCUCCGCAACUCACAAUUCAUGAGGACAAAGACGACUUCAGCUAUAGCUCCGAGAAGGCUGAUGGUCAUCCUAUUUCUCAGUUGAUGGAGAAGGCAGCAGCGGAUUUUAAGCAAUACCAAGACUCCCGGUCAAAGACUUUUGUACAAGCCAUAGGCAAAUACCGGAAAAAAUAUGGGCGGCAUCCUCCUCCGGGUUUCGAUAAGGCAGGUCUUCUUUAUAACCGCAGUGAGGAACGAAACGUCUACAAUGUAGACGACUUUGACCAAAUUUGGGAUGACCUGCGACCAUUUUGGAGUAUUCCGCCAUUGGAACUGAGGAAGGUGGUGAAGGGAAUGCUGAAAGAGGAUCCCGGAAAUAGUGUCACUGGGGGAAACUGGCGCACAGACGAAUUCGUGAAAAUGCUGAACGUCUUCGUUAAGGAAUUACCGGAUAUGCAGAUAGCCAUGAACAGGCUUGACCAGCCAAGGGUAAUUGUUGAAUGGGAAAAAUUACAGGAGCAUCUCGAGAUUGAAGAGAAAAGUCGUAAUAUGGACAGACCAGUUACAAACGGGUUUUCAAGGAACAGAGAGCUAGGUGGAGCAGACGAAUCUAUGUCAUUCCCAACGGCAGGAUGGUUCAGCGUGCCAGGGAUUCCAUACAUGGACCUUGCAAGCAAAGCUUGUCCGCCAGACUCUUAUGCACGGAACAACAUGACCAUGGAUCCAGCUGUAGCAGAAGCAAAGUACAAGUUCCCGAACAGCGGCGGAUUAGUCUCCAACUUCAAUAUAUCCAGUGAUCUGUGCACUGUUGGCCCAGCUAUCCAGGACCUUCACGGAAUGUUGUUUGCCCCCGCUACCAUAGUAGCCACAAAGGAAUUAGUUCCAGUAUUCGGUGAAUGCAAGGUUAACGUCAAUAACGACAUUCUCUUCCCGGCAAACAUGUACUACAGCGAUGACCCACGUUACACCUACAGCCCAGAGAACGACGUCCCCUGGGACGACAAACACACAACCGUCUUCUGGCGCGGCAUAACCUCGGGCGGGAACCAAAAACUAAGUACCUGGCGCCGCCUCCACCGUCACCGUUUCGUCCAACUAGCAAAUGGUACCGACCUCCACAACACGAAAACCCGCCUUACCCUACCCACCCUAGACUCAACAGCCACUCCACCGGCCUACAUCGAGACCAAAAACUGGGAUCCAUCCCCUUUCUCGGAAAAGUACACCGACAUUGGCUUCCCAGAACUCGCCUGGUGCGUACCAGAUAGCAAAUGCGGCUGGCUACGCACCUUCCUAAAAGAAGUAAAUGCAACGACAACCCUAACAGACCAGUUCCUAAACAAGUACCUCCCAGACAUCGAUGGCCACAGCUUCUCCGGCCGUUGGCACGCUUGGCUGAAAAGCCGCAGUCUGGGAAUUAAAGCUACCAUAUUCAGGGAAUGGCACGAUAGUCGAUUAUUUGCGUGGCAGCAUUUCGCCCCUAUGGAUAAUAGAUUCGACGACUUUUACUCUAUUAUCACGUACUUUAUUGGCCUAGGAAAUAGGGAAGAGGAAGAAGGGGUAUACAUACCCACGCACGAUUCUACCGGGAAGAGAUUGGCCGGGCAGGGGAGGGAGUGGGCCGCGAAGGUGCUGCGAAAGGAGGACAUCGAGGUGUAUAUGUUCCGGCUCAUGCUAGAGUACGCCAGGCUUUUAGAUGACAGGCGGGAAAUGAUUGGGUAUGGAGGGAAUGGGAGGAGAGUGAAGGAGGAGAAGUUGUGGGUGUGGCCAGAGUAG